AUGGCAUGCACAUACAACAAUAUGAAUGUUGUUUAUAUUAAGAAUAAGGGGAAAAAAAUCAUAUUCGUUGAUUUGAAAAAGUAUUUAAACGUUGGUCCCUUGCGCUGCUGGCCAGGUGGAUUAUGUCUUUCUAGGUCAAUUGUAGAUACAGAUGCUGGAGAGUUUAUUGUUCCAAUACCGCAUGUCAAGCAAGUGAAGCUAUCAAGUGCUGGGGGAAGGCUCAUCAUUGCUUCUGAUGGUAUCUGGGAUGCAUUAUCGUCUGAUGUGGCUGCAAAUUGUUGUCGGGGUUUACCUGCUGAGCUUGCUGCCAAGUUGGUGGUUAAGGAGGCUUUAAGGUCAAGGGGGCUGAAGGAUGAUACAACAUGCCUUGUUGUUGAUAUUAUCCCAUCUGACGUUCCUGUCUUACCUUCUAUACCAAGGAAGAAGCAAAACAUGCUUAGUUCACUUCUGUUUGGAAAGAAAUCUCUAAAUUCUGUUAACAAAGCAACAAAUAAGCUUUCUGCUGUUGGAGUGGUGGAGGAGUUGUUUGAAGAGGGUUCUGCUAUGCUUGCUGAAAGGUUGGGUAAAGAUUUUCCUUCAAACACAAAAUCUGGGCUAUACAGAUGUGCCGUAUGCCAAAUCGAUCAAACCCCCACUGACAGUUUAUCAGUAAACUCACGGUCUUUUUUCUCACCUGGAUCAAAGCCAUGGGAAGGACCCUUCCUCUGCCCUAACUGUCGAAAAAAGAAAGACGCCAUGGAAGGGAAAAUACCGAGCAGACCUACAGUGACUGCAUAGCAAAUCAUCUGGUAACGGAGUAAAUAUUUAUAUUUUUUGGCUCGAAGUGUGAGCAUGAAGCAUGCUUGGUUUUUGCUUUCUGGUACUGAUUGUAAUAGAUGUAUGAGAAAUGAGGUGGUGAUAUAGUGCCUAGGUGUUUUGUUUACAAUUGGUUGUGUCAACUCCGGUUUUUUUCCAGCUUUGGUUAAACUGACAGAGGACAGAGAUGUCACCUGAUAGAUAUGUUUGUGAUAGUUUGAUUGCUAACAGCUUGAAGAUGUAAGUAAAAAUGAAGGUUGCAUAGUGAUGUGCUCAUCGCAGCAGCUUAUUUAUUGUGACCA